CUGAGGCCCGUCAGAUUACAAAGAGGAACAUAUGAAGGCAGAGACACACUAAACACGUGCCGUUUGCAAGGAAACUCAUCACAUUUUUAAAAAUCUGUGCUUUUUAAAACCACAGAGGAAUGCCUGUGGACGUGGAGAAGAUUAUUCAGUUUAUCAAACAAGGCAACCAGGACAAUGUUCAAAUACAUCUGGAUGAUUACAACACUGAGAACUCACAAUGUUUCUUUUUUGAUGUUGAAGAAAGAGAGAGAAGAAAGCAAAGAGAGCUGGAAGAGUUCCGCAGGAAUAAAGUGAGAGAGUAUGUUCCAGACUCUGACUCAGAUUUGGACUCUGAUGAGAAUGAGGAUCCAAAUCUUGUUCUGCGCAGGAGGCUUGCUGCAGCUCUGAUCUGGUUCAUUCGCAUGCGGCUGCAGCCAGGAGUUUUGAGGGUGUGUCUGCGAACUCUGCGAAUUAUCUCGCGCGAUCGAAAGGCCUUGGCACCCCUGAUCACGGACAAUGCCAUUCUAACUCUUGCUCGACUCGGGGGCAUCUCCGACCUGCCUACCUGGCCUGAAGAAGAGGAGGCUGAGUGGGGAUCCUCCCACAGUGAUAUCACUCCUGAGAAUGAGACCGAGACACGUCCGGAUAAUAAUGGCAGCAAUACACAACACACAACUUGUUACAGGGAGGGAGAUGAUUCAGUCUGUGUCUCUGCAGCCUGUGCUAAACCUUUGGUCAGUGAAGGAGGCUUGCAGUUCAACCCUGUGAAUGUGACAUCUAACUGUAAUAUUGGGAGAGAAACACAAAACGACCGCCAUGAAGAAAACGUGAGGAAAGAUGGGGUUUGUGGGCUGUUGACAAGAGGAAAGAGGGAUGCUAGAGGAGAGAAGAAUGAGGAGGGGGAGGAGGAGUAUGAUGAUGGAGAGGUCUGGAGGAAAGAGGCAAUGAAGGCCCUGUGCAAUGUCAUCUACAAUAGCCCGAAAGCACAAGAGAGAGCCAGUAUCCUGAGGUUGCUCCAUGGCCUGUCAGAGAGACUUAAAGACGGUAUACAAUCCUCCUCACCUCCAAGUGGUCAGUUUUAUGAACUGCGACUUCUCUUUCUGUUGACUGCUUUACGGCCUGAGCUUAGGAUAGAGCUCAGACAGGAGCGCGGCGUGUCCAUGCUGACUGCUGCACUGGAACAGUGUUUGGAAGUGUGCUGGGGUGAAACGCAUGAGGUGCUGACUGACCUCACAGCACCCCCUGUGUGUAAGGAGGUGACUCAGCACGCCCUUGAGAUUCUCAAGACCCUGUUCAACAUUACCUACAGUGUGAACAGACAGGAAGGCUAUAAGCUGAAGGAAAAGUUGGUUCCAGUGUUAAACCUGUUGACUGAGAGCAGCAAAGCACACAGGGAAACUAGGCACUAUCUCAGACAGCAGAUCCUGCCUCCACUGAGAGACGUUGAGAUAAGGCCUGAACAGGGGAACACACUGAGGAGCAAACUAGUGCGACUAAUGACCCAUGUCGACACUGAUAUCAAACACUGUGCGGCUGAGCUUCUCUUUGUGCUGUGUAAAGAAAAUGUGAGCAGGUUUGUGAAGUACACUGGUUACGGUAAUGCAGCGGGGCUGCUGGCAGCACGGGGUCUUUUGAACGGCCGCGGCCCCUCUCCUCAACCGCAGUACUCCAGUGACUCUGACUCAGACACGGAGGAGUACAGACAGGCCAAGGACAGGAUUAACCCUGUGACGGGACGGGUGGAGGAGGAACAGCCUGAUCCAAUGGAAGGAAUGACUGAAGAAGAGAAAGAGGCAGAGGCGCUCAGACUCAUAAAUAUGUUCAACAAACUCUCACGGAACAAAAUCAUUCAGCCAAUGGGAGUGACAACGGACGGCAAAAUGGCGCCGCUUUGUGGCCAGAUGAGGCACAGCGCUGUGCAGGAGGAGGAGGAAGAGGAAGAGGAGGAAGAUGAUAGUGAAACAGAGCAGUGAUGAUGACAAGAUGAUAAUGAUGAUGAAAGACAGGUGCAAGAUAUUUUAUACUAAUGACUGAUAUGGCGCUGAAACAAUAUUAAUAAUAGCGCAACUAAAAAUCAUGUAACUUAUAAGGAAAUAAUCUAUUGUUUCAUUUAAUCAGUUGGUGUAUGUAAAAGGAAAUUCUAUUGAGACAGAAAACCGAAUAAACGAAGCUCUGUAUGAUGUGUGAAGAAAAAAAAUAAGGCAGGCAAGAAAUAAUUUAUAAUGUAGGCUACACAAAAUAGCUGAGAAUGUCAUUUCUUUGUAACAACUCUUGUGAGUCACGAUGAGCUAGAAACCGUAAAAUAGGAAGCUACUAAGAAGCAAAGGAGAAAGAAAGAGACAAAGAGAGACAGCCAUCACACCAGACAGACAAACACUCCUGGAAAAUGCUGCUGGUGUUGCCAUGGCUAUGUUACCAUGGUAACAACAUGAAACGCAGUUCUUUUUUCGCGCUCUAGCAAGAGUGGAACGUUUACCUUGAAGAGAACUGCCAUGGAUCACUCUAACGCUCUGCACCGAGAACGCUGAAUAAAAAUACAUCCUCAGGAAACGUUUUCAUUUACAAAAUGGGUAGUAAACUUUGAACCUAAGUAGAAUAUUUAGAGCAGGUUAUUUUUUGACUGUACUGCUUGAUUUCCAAUGUGUUUCCCUCCAAGAUAUCAUUCCUACCCGUAUAAAGCCCGUGCAAAAUACCAGCAAGUAUGUCUAGAACAAAUAAAACGAAAAAAAGAAAAAGAAAAUCCAAAGCAGUCUUGUGUCGCUUUGCAUCAUUUUCAUAAACUCAUUUUUCUUUUCUUUUAUUUGCGUUUGUCAAAUACAGGAGGAUUCAUGUACAGAUGAGGGACAGGUAGAGAGAGAGAGAGAGAGAGAGAGAGAGAGAGAGA